AGACCGUCGCCAUCCAAACCCGCCAAUCCACGCGCACCGGAUGAAGCCCUUAUUGUUCUUGUUGCCCUCGAUGUCGGUUGGCGUUAGAUACAACAGUCACCGAGCCGAGGCAUUAGGGCUGUCCGAAAAAUGCACUUUAUCAGUCCGCUUGAUUCACUUCCGGGUGUAUCGCGCCGAAUCAUGCCACAUUAUAGCUGAGGAUUAAGACCAUAUACCUAUCCUGAAGCUUCAUCUUCCGAGCUCCAAUGAGCUGCAACGCACACUGAGGCCCCUUUUACGAAACAAAACACGUACGGAACAUCAUGGCUGGUCUUCUGGGAUCUCUGAGCCUCCCAAUAGCUCUUCCUCUAGCGACUGCGUCACUCGCGUAUCUUAAUGGCAAAUAUGGCCUUACUGCAGACUUCCAUGUCCUAUCCGCACUUAUAUCAAGCGGGAUUCGUAUGCGCUUGCGGCUCCGGCGCGAUCGCAUGAGCAUGUUCUACGAUCUCGAAGACCGUGCGAAUAACAAGAAAGAGGCCGAUCAUCCGUUCCUGGUCUUUUCGGGCAAGACAUGGACGUACAAGGAAUCAUACAUGUGCGUGCUGAGGUACGCGCGUUGGCUCAAGGAAGAUAUGGGUGUGAAGAAGGACGAUAUUGUAGCGCUUGACUUUACGAACGGCGAUACUAUGAUCUUUCUGAUGUUUGCCCUAUGGAACCUGGGGGCGAGGCCUGCGCUCAUCAACUACAACCUGACCGGGAUACCUUUGCUCCACAGCGUUAAAGCUAGCACAGCUCGUCUGAUCAUCGUCGAUCCUGAAGUACAAGAGAAGCUCACAGAAGAAGUGAGGCAGAACUUCAGUAAUGAGUCCUUCAGAGACGAUGGCGGCUCAGUCAAGGUGGUGAUUUUGGACCGAGCGACAGAGGACCAGAUAUUAUCGAGUGCCGAAGGAUGGAGGGAUCCGGAUGAAGUUCGCGCAGGAGCAACUCAAGCCGAUAUGGCCAUGUUGAUCUACACGAGUGGGACGACUGGCUUGCCGAAACCUGCUGUGGUCAGCUGGCACAAGAUCGGAAUGGGUUCGCUAUUCACAGCUAGCAUGUUACCUGCCUAUAAGACCGAUAUCAUAUACACAUGCAUGCCUCUAUAUCACAGCUCAGCGAGCGUAAUGGCAAUGGGCGCAGCUUUACAGACUGGUGCAACUCUUUCUCUAGGAAAACGCUUCAGCGUGCGGACAUUUUGGUCGGAAGUCCAGUCUUCGAAAGCGACAAUGGUUCAAUACGUAGGAGAGACGCUUCGAUAUCUUUUAUCUGCCCCCGAACUGCCGACAGACACUGAGCAUAACGUCCGUCUGGUAUAUGGCAAUGGCCUUCGUCCUGAUGUCUGGCCAGUCUUUCAGAAACGAUUCGCUAUACCUAUGGUAUGCGAGUUCUAUGCUGCGACCGAAGGACCCGGCCUUAUGAUGAAUCGCAGUAAGAACGACUUUGCACGUGGAGCUGUUGGCAGAUCUGGGUUGAUCAUCCGAAAAUUGAUGGCUGGAGGCUCCACCACUGUCAAAUUCGACCACGAGACCAAUUCCGCUAUACGUGACGCUAAGACUGGGUUCUGCAUCCCAGUCGAUGAAAACGAGCCAGGAGAGCUUCUUUAUCGCUUGGAUGAGAAGGAUAUUAAGAGUACAUUCCAAGGCUACUUUGGCAAUAAGGAGGCUACCUCCAAGAAGAUCCUACGAGAUGUCUUGGUGAAAGGGGAUGCCUAUUUCAGCACCGGGGAUCUACUCCGACGAGACAGUGAAGGCCGCGUCUGGUUUGUCGAUCGCAUCGGCGAUACGUUCCGAUGGCGCAGCGAAAAUGUCAGUACUGCCGAAGUAGGCGAAGUGGUUGGUCUUACUCCUGGUGUGGCGGAGGCCAACAUAUAUGGCGUUCUGGUUCCCAAACAUGACGGCCGUGCUGGCUGUGCAGCCAUCAUCCUCAAAGACCAGGAGUCUACGGCUACACUGACGACCUCAUCAUCCUCACCAUCUCCGGUGCCAGUCCCCCCGGAAAGCAUACUCACAGCAAUUGCCUCGCAAGCUUCGAAGAACCUCCCAAAGUACGCUGUACCGCUGUUCCUGCGCUUUACCCGCGCUAUGGAUCUUACAGGAACGAACAAGCAGCAGAAGGCUACGCUGCGCGAGCAAGGGAUUCAAGUCGACCAGAUAGCCAAGACUGGCGAUCGGAUGUAUUGGAUGAAGGACGGACGAUAUGUCCCAUUCGAGGAGAGCGAUCUCAAGAUGAUAGAAUCCGGCGGCGCAAAGCUAUGAGCAAGCCAUCUUCCAUGUAAAUGAUACCAAGCGUCCAAUCUCAGCGAACAAAUUCUAUGCAAGCUCCUGGAUAAUGCCCAUCUCCAUU